GCGAGCCUGGGGAACUUGCAGCUGAAAGCCAACCCCCCCCACGGCACCAUGUACCCCAGCAACAAGAAGAAAAAGGUGUGGAGGGACGAGAAAGAGCGGUUAUUGAAGAUGACCUUGGAAGAGAGACGCAAAGAAUAUUUGAGGGACUAUGUCCAGCUGAAAGACAUUCCGUCUUGGAAGGAAGAAAUGAAAUGUAAAGGCCAAAGUGAUGAUGAGAGCACUGAGGAAGUUUCACAGUUGAAGAAGAGUUUGAGUGAAAAAGUGUCUCUUUAUCGAGGUGAUAUCACCCUGCUUGAGAUUGAUGCCAUUGUCAAUGCUGCAAAUGCCAGUCUUCUCGGAGGAGGAGGGGUUGAUGGCUGUAUACAUAGAGCAGCUGGGCCGUGUCUAGUAGCUGAAUGUCGAAACCUGAAUGGCUGUGAGACUGGGCAAGCAAAAAUCACCUGUGGCUAUGACCUACCUGCAAAAUAUGUCAUCCAUACUGUGGGUCCCAUAGCUAGGGGACAUAUCGGUGACACUCAAAGAGAAGACCUGGCAAGUUGCUAUAAAUCUUCUCUCAAGCUGGUACAAGAAAAUAACAUCAGAUCAGUGGCGUUUCCUUGUAUUUCCACAGGAAUUUAUGGUUUUCCAAAUGAGCCAGCUGCUAACAUUGCCCUAACCACUAUUAAAGAAUGGUUAAAAAAGAAUCAUCAUGAGAUGGAGCGGAUCAUCUUUUGUGUCUUCUUGGAUGUUGACUACAAAAUUUUCAAGAAGAAAAUGAGCGAGUUCUUUCCUAUAGAUGAUGAUAAUGAAGAUGACGAUGCACCAAUGAAUGAAAAUUCAGAGGGAUCGGAACAAAAGGAUCUCUCACCUUCCAAAAGGAGCAAAGCAGAGAAACCUGAAUGUUCAAAAGAUUCCAGUGAAGAUGAUAAUGGCACAGAAGAGAAGCAAAGUCCUGAGGAAAUGGAAGGCCUGAGCCAAGGAACAGAUGAGGCAAAACUUUCCAAUGAGCCCCGUCCAUCAGAAGAAGAAGGAGUUGUUGGACUCUGCAAGGAUCAAGAAGCAGACUUCUCAGAAGAUGGCCAAGUUAUUCAGGAGGAUGAACCAACCCAUUAUUCCGUGGGUGAGCAGGAUCUUGCAGAGGGACAAGAGAGUGAUUCAAUGAAGAAUGAAAUGAAAAUGGACACAGACUCCCAAAGUUCACAAAUGGAAAUCGAAGAGCCUUUUUUGCACCAAGAGGAUGCCACAAACGUGCAGAAAUCACACACUCUUCUAGACGAGGGUGACAAGGAAGAAACGGAAGAUGACGAAGAAGGAGCAGCACAAGAAAGCAAGUCAUCUGGAGAAACAGUGAGCGUGGAAGACCCUCGUGAUGUAGAAAACGCUAAGAAUCUUGAUGGUGAAAUGAAGAGCCAGAUCGAAUGUAAUGAUCCAACGGAGAGUCAACUGGAAAAUUAACUAAAAGAGAAACAGGAUGAGACAAAAGAACAAGCAAAUGAAACUAAGUGACAUCCUUGGCAUUAUUCCCGAGGGGAGAAGAGACAGCACUAGGUGGUGCCUAUG